AUGGAGUCUCUUAGCAACUUGAGCAUUGCCGUGAGCUCGGUGCUUUCCGACACGACCUCUAUGAAUGCGACCGCAAUCCUCGCCGAUCCUACAGAAGCCCUCUCGUCUGUUGUCGCUCUCGCCAGCGAUGCGGUCAUCAAGGCUAACGAUGUGGUUCCCGAGCACACCUCAGCAUCAUGGUUCACCAUCAUCCUCUGGCUCUUGCACCUCAUCUCGAGUGUGCUAUACUUUGUCCUCAAGCUGGCCACCAUCUCUACACCCACCUUCUUGUUCAACAUCUUUUCGACUAGUCUGACCGUAACCAUGAACGCUACUACGCUUGUGUUUAUAAUGCUGUUCAUGAUGGGAGGAGUCACUUGGCUGGUCAGGUAUCGCUACUUGAACAUGUACUCGCGGCUUCCUCCUGAGCCCCAGCGCAAGGAGCCAGCCGUUGACCUGUUCCCCGAAACACAGGAGGAAGGGGUAAAGUCCGGGCUAGCCAGCUACUUUGACGAGUUCCUCAGCGCCAUCAAGAUAUUCGGUUAUCUGGAAAGGCCGGUUUUUCACGAACUGACCCGCAGCAUGCAGACGAGGAAGCUGAUCGCUGGCGAAACCCUCAACCUCGAAGAAGAGCAAGGAUUCUGUCUUGUGGUCGAUGGUAUGGUGGAGAUCUUUGUCAAAUCCGCCAGAGAUGGUCGAUACUCAGCCAGUGGCCCUUCGUUCGAGACAAGUAGCGACGAUGAGGAGGGCUUUGCUCAGAGUCGCCAGCGUUACCAGCUUCUGACCGAAGUGCGAAAUGGGGCCCCCAUGUCAUCACUGUUCUCUAUCAUGUCACUCUUUACCGAAGACAUCCAAAUGAACGACACGGACGACGACGAUGACGACGGCCCCGGCCCAACGCCUUCCGCUGCUGGAACUGCUAUGCCUGGCUACCCUAGGAACGCCAACUUCCAGCAGUCGAACGAUACGCUCCCGUCCAUCCCAGCUCAGAACACUUCGAGGAUACCACCACUUUCUCUCGCGAACACUCGUCCUGCUAUACCCCGUCGGCCAGUACCGAAAAGACUCAAUACCACCUCAGCCCACCCGGAUAUUAUUGCGAGAGCGACAGUGGACACCACCAUAGCCAUCAUCCCCGCCAGUGCCUUCAGACGUCUGAUCAAGAUAUAUCCCAAGGCGACUGCCCACAUCGUUCAUGUCAUCCUUUCGAGGUUCCAGAGAGUUACACUUGCGACUGCUUACAACUAUCUCGGUUUGAGCGGCGAAGUCUUGCAGAUGGAGCGCAGCAUGUUGAAAUAUACAGUUCGGCAGCUCCCCAAUCAUCUCCGAGGAGACGCUUUGGACAGACUCAAGGAAAACGCCGGCGAUUUGCUUUUAAAUACGCAACAAAUGAAGUCUGGAACGGCGUCGCAGCUUGAUAUGGCGCGAGACGCCACAUCUCCCCGGCCACAGCGAAAUCUCAGUCCCUUCUCUACUCCCCGCAACGCACAUGUCUCGCUUGACACAAGAGAGGCCCUUGAUGAAGACGAUCUGUUCAGAGAGUCGGUGCUUGAAUGCAUGUUCAGGGCCAUUGGCCUGACCGGUAACGGCAGUGUCAAUCCAGAUUCCACGCAAGCUUCCCCCAGAUUCGCUCCUAUGGAUCAGCGACAUUCGAGGGCUGGCCGGGGCCAUACUGCAUUUGGCUUCAUGGAUGCUUUCGACCCAUUUGACAACGACACGGAGUCAGUCACCUCAGGUGGAUUUAACUCAUCGUCGCCAGUUCCCAAUCCCCAACUAUUAGCACACGACAUGAAGGACGAGGUUGAGAUCGUCUUCUUUCCCAAGGGCUCUGUCUUGGUGGAGCAAGGCGAGAGGAAUCCCGGUCUCUAUUAUGUUAUUGAUGGUUUCCUCGACAUUUGCGUCCCGGGCGACGAUUCAUCACACGACCUCCUCCAAUCAUCAGCCAAGGUAGACCAUGGCCACGGUUCAACAACUGGUGCUGACGCGUUUGGAGCCAACUCGUCGCCCUUUCCAGAGCCGAACAUGAACAACAACUUUGGUGCUGAGCAGAAAAAGGGCAAACAGGGUCGAAGAAGCGUGGCUCUGAUCAAGCCGGGUGGACUUGCUGGUUAUGUCGGCACCAUUUCCUCCUACAGAUCGUUUAUCGAUGUUGUUGCGAGAACGGAUGUCUGUGUCGGUUUUCUCCCACUCGCGUCCAUAGAGAGGAUUGUUGACCGCUAUCCCAUCGUUCUUCUUACCAUGGCCAAGCGGCUUACCGAGUUGCUGCCGCGCCUGCUUCUGCACAUUGACUUUGCUCUUGAGUGGGUGCAGGUAAACUCCGGUCAGGUUUUGUUCCGUGAAGGUGAUGAGAGCGAAGCUAUCUAUCUUGUUCUGAAUGGCCGAUUGAGACUGGUCGAAGAUCAGAAAGAGGGUGGAAUGAACGUCAAAGCUGAAUUCGGUCAGGGAGAGAGUAUCGGAGAACUGGAAGUGCUGACCGAAUCCUCACGUACCGGAACUCUACAUGCGAUCCGCGAAACUGAACUGGUGAAGUUCCCUCGGACACUGUUUAACAGCUUGGCCCAAGAGCAUCCCAACAUCACUAUCAAGAUCUCCAAGAUUAUCGCAGCUCGAAUGAGGGCCUUUAUCGACGAUCCUUCGCGUAUGGGACUCAAAGACAAUGCGGUUCGAAGCUACAAGAGCUCAUCAACCUUAAAUUUGAGGACUGUGGCAAUCUUACCUGUCACCGCGGGUGUUCCUGUGGUCGAGUUUGGCAAUAGGUUAAUGAGCGCCUUAUCACAAGUUGGACUUCCUAAUGGGGCGACUUGUUUGAACCAAGCAGCGAUUCUAAACCACCUCGGAAAACACGCAUUCAACAAGAUGGGAAAGCUCAAGCUGUCGCAGUACCUCGCCGAUCUCGAAGAGAAAUAUGGACUGGUUGUCUACGUAGCUGACACGAACGUCAACACGCCAUGGACCCAAACAUGCAUCACGCAAGCUGAUUGCUUGUUAUUUGUCGGCCUUGCGGACAGCUCCCCUGAGAUCGGAGAGUAUGAGCGCUUCAUGCUUGGAAUGAAAUCGACGGCCCGCAAGAUUCUUGUCCUGGUUCACCAAGAGCGUUACUCCAACCCUGGUUUGACGAGGCAAUGGCUGAAGAACCGGAUGUGGAUUAACGGAGGCCACUUCCAUGUUCAGAUGGCAUAUACCCCCAACACGGUGCCUAUCCAUCAGCCCACGAAACGAUUCGGGCCAAGCCUCAAGCAGCGGGUUCAGAUCCUGCAGGCAGAGAUCCAAAAGUACACCUCCCGAAAAGUUCGCCACGUUCCCUUCUACUCCCCCGAUGCUCCGUUCAAGGGAGACUUCCAUCGGUUGGCGAGGCGGUUGUGCGGCAAGUCUGUGGGUCUCGUCCUGGGUGGUGGUGGCGCCAGGGGCAUUGCGCACAUCGGCAUCAUCAGAGCGAUGGAAGAGGCCGGAAUCCCCAUUGAUAUGGUCGGAGGAACAUCAAUCGGAGCCUUCGUCGGCGGAUUAUACGCCAGAUAUGCGGAUGUGGUUCCCAUUUUCGGUCUGGCCAAGAAGUUCGCUGGGCGUAUGGCAAGCAUGUGGAGGUUCGCCUUUGACCUAACCUAUCCGUCCGCCUCCUACACAACCGGCCACGAGUUCAACCGUGGCAUUUUCAAGACCUUUGGAAAGACGCAGAUUGAAGAUUUCUGGCUGGAAUACUACUGCAACACCACGAACAUCAGCAAGAGCCGAGUCGAGUUCCACACCAGUGGUUACGCAUGGCGCUACAUCAGAGCGUCCAUGUCCCUGGCGGGCUUACUCCCACCUCUGUGCGACGAAGGCAGCAUGCUUUUGGACGGUGGCUACAUCGACAAUCUGACGGUAUCUCGCAUGAAAUCUCUCGGCUCAGAUGUCAUCUUCGCUGUUGACGUCGGCUCGCUCGAUGACAACACACCGCAGGCCUUUGGCGACUCACUGUCUGGUGUAUGGGCAUUCUUCAACCGCUGGAAUCCAUUUUCGUCGGUACCCAAUCCGCCCACGCUGGCAGAAAUCCAAGCCCGUCUUGCGUACGUGUCGAGUGUCGGUGAGCUGGAAAGGGCAAAGACAAUGCCUGGAUGCAUUUACAUGCGCCCUCCGAUUGAUGACUAUGGAACGCUGGACUUUGGCAAAUUUGACGAGAUCUAUGGGGUCGGGUACAGAUAUGGCCAGGAGUUCCUCCAGAAGUUGAGGGAGCAGGGUGUGUUGCCACUGGCAGAGGAGACGGAGGCAAAGAAAGCGUUGAGGAGAACCAUGGCGCCCAGGCGUGCGAGUAUAUAG